AUCUACCCCGACAUUGCUAAAUUGGUCACAGCGCUCCAAAUCGUACCUUCCACGUGGUCCAUGAAGAUAUACCGCCUCCUAUUGAAUCAAAUUCUAGUUCUAUAGACGAUUGACGCAGAGGGGGGAAGAAUAGAAGCGAUUUCUAUUGGAUAACCCAAAUUCGGGAUAUCAAAGACGAUCGAUCACAAUUCUAUCUGAAAGUCUUCGCUUCAUUCGAAUAACAACAAGGGAAGAAUAUAUAUUAGAGUAGUAAUGCUAAUUGCCACCGUGGUGUUUGAAUACGAGAUUGCCGAAUAAUUUUUUUAACAGCUGCGGCGAUAUUUGAGACAUACGAGAAUAAUUUGUGGCAUUCUUAAAAAUGCCCUACAGCCCUUUAUAGGGAAUAUAUUGGGCCGCAAAAUGAGUACGUGAAGCUAGGAGAGGUAUGUAACCAAGAAAUCAAGGCAGCGAAUUUAUCAAGAGAGACAGUAAUUGGUGGUUUGACACGGAUGUUAAGGAGGAAGGCGAGAAGCAUUAGGAAAAUUCAUUGAUUUUCAACAAUACGGGACAGUAAGUAAAAUUGGCGCAUUCAACCGAUUGCAAAGCAGAAGAUCGUGUGGAUGCGCAAGGAUCAAUUAAAACUAUCUUCACAAAUAGCAAUUCGUGGAGCUAAAGAGGAACUGGAUGAAGCAGCUAAGGAACAAAUUCGUGAGAAAUUAAGAAAUCAUAAAUAUUGACCAUAUAUAUAGAAGUCAAAUGGGAGAGAAAUGCUAUGUGGAAGAAGUUUUACGGAAAUACACAUCCUCCUCGAAUGAAAACUACUUCUUGAGCAUGUCUAACCAGAGUCUGACUGAAAGAAUAGCCGUGUUAAAGGCGCAUGUGUUUUCAAAUACAAAUAAGGCAUUAGUGGAGCGUCUAGAGCAGUCCAAUUGUGUACCGAAUUCAAAGAUUUACUCGUCAGAACUGGCCCCUCCUACUAGCGUAAAACUGUCUUCCACGGAACAGCUCUCGAGUCUCCAUGGCAUAGGGGACGCUGUCGACCCAGAAAACAGCGCAAAUAGCGGUGCAACGAGGGAGCUACUUUCCUCCGAGCUAGGUAUACGAAAGAUCGGAGUGAGGGGGAAUUCAAGCCUGAACUCGAGCUGGGGGCAUUGCUGCCUGAGCAGUCGCCGAGAGCAAGUGUUGGCCGCGGAUGCAACACAGUUGGAGCUACACACGAAGGCCCAGCAGCAGUGCAAAGCUGCGAGCAAUAAACCUCGCGAGACUCCUACGAUAGUCAUCACUUCGGCUGGCAGUGAGGAUUGGGAGGAUUGGGACGCUAGCAUGGAGUGUACAAGUAUCGAUUCUGGAGUCAAAACAAACGGAGACCAGCUCGACAGCGCUACUGAGUCGCAGGACAAUUUCUCUCUCUCUGGGAGCAGUAUAUAUUCAGACGAUGAUGGCGUUUUGACAGAUGAUGAACCGUCAGAGAGCGAUUAUUCGCCCCCGAUGGAGGAGCAAACAGAAAAGCACAAACAGAGGUGGAAGAAGAUAAGAAAUAUGAUCCAUUGGUCUCCCUUUGUACAGAGCUUUAAAAAGAAAUACCCAUGGGUUCAACUAGCAGGCCACCAAGGGUGUUUCAAGCCAGGAGAAAAUGGUGCCAUUCUUAAAAAAUCUUGUGACAGGGAAAGAGAGUCCCUUAUCAAACUCAUGAGAGACAUUCUGAGACCUUAUGUUCCAGAAUACAAGAGAGAGGUGGAGAAAAAUGGAGAGAAAUACAUUGAAAUGCAAGAUCUUCUUCAGGAUUUUGACACACCUUGCUGUGUCAUGGAUUGCAAAAUGGGCAUCAGGACAUACUUGGAAGAUGAGAUAGCAAAAGCAAAAUCCAAGCCACGUAAGGAUUUGUACCAAAAGAUGGUAGAUGUUGAUCCAAAUGAACCUACAGAGGAAGAACGAAAUGAGGGCGCGAUAACCAAGCCAAGAUACAUGCAGUGGCGAGAAAGACUAAGUUCAUCAGCAAGUCUAGGGUUUAGGAUUGAGGGAAUCAAGAAAGGGAAUGAAAAGCCAAACAAGGACUUUAAGAAAACAAAAACAACAGAUGAUGUUUAUAGUGUUUUUACGGAUUACAUAGAAAAUGAUGAUCAGCUUAGAUCUAAAUAUUUAAGAAGACUUAAAGCAAUACGAGCAACACUAGAAGCAUCAGCUUUUUUUAGUUCCCAUGAGGUUAUUGGCAGUUCACUUCUCUUUGUUCACGACUCUAGCGGGCAUGCCAGUGUGUGGAUGAUUGACUUUGGAAAGACUGUCCCAGUUGCGGAUGGGCGUGUCUUAGACCACCGUACCCCUUGGCAAGAGGGUAACCAUGAAGAUGGAUACUUAUGGGGACUUGAUAAAAUGAUUGAUAUCUGGUCACAAAGAUAAGGUUCUUAUGGCAUGUGAUGGUUUGCAAUGGUGGUAUAUUAGAAACCAUGACAAAAACUGAGUUUUAAUGGUGGUGUUAGAAACCAUGACAAAAACUGAGUUUUAAUGGUGGUGUUAGAAACCUUGACAAAAACUGAGCCAAGAAUGGCAGAUGACAAUCUUCACAUUUACUAUAUUGUACUGGACCUUCAAUCUCCAAAUAGUGGCCAUUCCUGAUUAAAGAAAGACAUCAGAUGCUAAGGACAUGGGAUAUGUAAUACUAACACCAAAAAUGGAGUCUACAAAUAACUUAACAAGAUAUAAAAACCUUGAAGAAAAAAAAGAACAACUAGAUAAUUGUUAAGUAGUACCAGUUGAAGCCAUAAUGGUCAUUGCUGCAAAAAGCUUGGUAAAACCCUCAAAACCUCCUGAUGGCAGAUGUUCAGUACAUUAAUGCAGGUCAAUUAUUUGACUGUGAUUUUGUGUAUUUUGCAAACUCGCACUGAGGAAUUAAAAAACAUUUGAUUUGCAAGGGUUUCGAUAGUUUUGAAUGAGUUUGCAGAAUUCACGAACUUGAAUAAUUACUAACACAGUCAAUUGAAACUUUUACCAUAUUAUUGUACAGUAUCAUAAGUACUAAUGUAGCUUUUUGAAUGACUUCAUCAAAUCGUAACCCAAAGAACAAUAUUGCAAAAGCUUUAUCGUUAUAAAUUAAUCCAUUGUUACUGUCAAUAGGGAACUUCGAGGAGAAAAGGUUUACGAAUCUCUAGCUAUUUGGGAAUGUCUAAAAUAAAUAGACAUUUUAGACUGUUACUGAGAACAAAUCAUACCAUUAUUAUCCAUACCAUUAUUAUUGUUUUAUUCAAUAGUAAAACACUAUCAAAAUAGACAAAUCUUAAAACAACCAUUUAGAAACAGUUUUUUAUAAUUCAUUUACAAAAUUCAAUCAAAAAUAUUGAAAAACUUUCCAAACCAGCCAAAGGGAAUGGAUGGUUUCUUACACUUGAUAAUUUGCCAGGAUGACAAAAUGUAGGCCUACAGAGAUGUGACACAAAGGAUUUGUGACAAAAAGAGUUUCUAAAACCAGAGUUUCAUUGUAAACAGAAGGAAAAAGCAUCCCUCACUAUAAAAUAUGAAGGGGCUUAGACAUGUCUCACACCAAGCUAAGAUGUAACUAUUAUCAGCAUUUCAGAUAAAUACACUAGGGCAGUAGCAAGAAUUUCCUUGUGUGGCAAGUUUUUGUAAACUUUGUAUAGAAAAUAUUAUGGGUAAAUAAACAACUAUUACUGUUA